AUGACUGAGCCGACACCGAUAUCGGUGACCGCCGAGGAUGCGCCAACAACAGGACGCGUUUGGUACCGGACGACUCUUUACAAUGCGUUCGUCAUUGGAAGCGUAGGCUUCCUGGCCCCAGGAUUAUGGAAUGCCAUGAACUCGCUGGGCGCAGGAGGAGCUGAAACGCCCUACCUUGUCAAUGCAGCAAAUGCGCUUGUAUUCGGUUUGAUGGGCUUUCUGUGUUUAUUUGGUGGCCCCAUCGCCAACCGCAUCGGAAUGAACUGGACUUUAUUGCUGGGCGUGAUUGGAUAUCCGAUUUACUCCGCGGCUUUGUAUACAAACAACCGUUAUGGAAAUGAAUGGUUUGUACUCGUUGGAGCCGUUGCAUGCGGUCUUUCGGCUGGUCUUUUCUGGGCCUCCGAAGGCGCUGUAGCGCUGGGUUAUCCCGAGCCUGCGAAAAGAGGCCAGUACAUGAACAUCUGGCUUUGGUUCCGAACCGGUGGUCCGCUACUUGGUAGCGCUAUUGUUCUUGGUCUAAACCACUCUGCCGAGGCAAAGAAAAAGGGAAAGGUUGGCUCAGAAACCUAUUUGAUUUUUGUCGCCUUGCAAUGCCUUGCGGCCCCAAUUGCUAUUUUCCUCACUCGACCGGAAAAGGUGCAACGCGGCGACGGAAGCAAGGUCAAGAUUGUGCUGCAAGACUCAUGGGCUGCUGAGAUGAAGGAACUUUGGAAACUUUCUUGCCGCAAAGACGUUCUGCUGCUUCUCCCCGUUUUCUGGGCAUCAUACUUUAAUCAAUACGAAGGAAAUUUCGAGGUCUAUUAUUUCGGCGUUCGAGCCCGCGCCCUGAUCGGUCUUGUUUCGUACAUCGGAACACUUUUAUCAUCAUGGCUCAUUAGUAGAUUCUUGGAUUACAAGAAACUAUGCGUGAAGAACCGAAUCAUGUACAGUUUCUACUAUGUUGUUAUCGUUCACAUCAUCGCUUGGGUCUAUGGCCGAGGCUUAUUUGUGGUCAUUCUUUGGGAAUUCUCUCGACAGGCUUUACAAAACUGGAUGUAUUAUAUGAUCGCAACCAAGACAGACAACAUUUCGGAGCUAUCUCGUCUAUCUGGAAUCUUGCGUGGACAGGAGAGUUUCUCACAGGCCGUCUCUUAUGGUUUAAACACCAAAGAGUGGUUUGGUGGGAGAGUGCCUCUCGCUGUGAACACUAUCCUUCUCGGUCUUGCUGUGGUUCCCACUUGGUUGGCUAUUAGAGACCACGAGCCCAUCGAACACGAAAGCAAUGAUGAGUCUCAGACAAAAGCACGGGACGAGGAAGAGACUUCGGUUAACAGUGGCGAAAAAGCCGAUUAUAUCGUUAAACAAGCCCCGGUGGCUGAAUAA